AUAAUCCAUAAUCCAACGGCCACAAGGCGAAUGCUAUAGUUUAAAAAGUUCCAUCCAAGUUUCUCUCACAAAAAUUCUCUCUCUAAAAUAUUUUCAACGGCCAACCGGUGCUGACGUGCUACAACUAGAAGACACUUUCCCUCUUCAGUAUCAAUCUCCUCUUAUUAGAUCUCACUCUCUCCUUCUCGAUCUGUAAUUCAUCAAUGGCUGCUCCACCUGCAAGAGCUCGUGCCGAUUACGAUUACCUUAUAAAGCUUCUCUUGAUCGGCGAUAGCGGUGUGGGUAAGAGUUGCCUUCUUUUGCGUUUCUCAGAUGGUUCCUUUACAACUAGUUUCAUUACAACCAUUGGUAUUGAUUUUAAGAUAAGAACAAUUGAGCUUGAUGGAAAACGGAUCAAAUUGCAAAUUUGGGAUACUGCUGGUCAAGAGCGUUUUCGAACAAUUACAACUGCUUACUACCGUGGAGCUAUGGGUAUUUUGCUUGUAUACGAUGUCACUGAUGAAUCAUCUUUUAAUAAUAUUAGGAAUUGGAUCCGUAAUAUUGAACAACAUGCUUCUGACAAUGUGAACAAAGUACUGGUGGGUAACAAGGCAGACAUGGAUGAAAGCAAAAGGGCUGUUCCUACCUCAAAGGGCCAGGCUCUUGCAGAUGAAUAUGGCAUCAAGUUUUUUGAGACCAGUGCAAAGACAAAUUUAAAUGUGGAGGAGGUUUUCUUUUCAAUAGCUAGGGAUAUCAAGCAAAGGCUUGCAGAUACCGACUCAAAGGCUGAGCCACAGACGAUCAAAAUUAACCAACCGGAUCAGGCAGGAGGUGCCAGCCAAACCGAUCAAAAAUCUGCAUGCUGUGGUUCUUAAAGGCAUGGACUACAUUCGCAAGCAUGCAUGUCAAUGGAAACUAAUUUUGUUACAACUCUGUGAUUGGUGCCUGUAUUGUUUCUCCCUAUCAUUAUUUUGCUAGUGCUGCGUA